AUGGAGAGAGGUGUGCGUGCUGAACUCAUGCGGCCGACGCAGCCCAGGAGCCUUUGCUGGGCGAAGGCAGCUAGCAUUUGUCGAGUCAUUUUUCCGUUCCUGAAGCUGAGAUCGCGAACCGCAGAGCCUUUUUGGAAGCGAUGCUGUGGCCAGCGCCAUCCAAGGCCUUCGGAGCGUUUCUUCUCCGGGCUGUUGCUUUGGAUUAUUGCAGUCUUUACGUUUUGCUAUAUGUUCCUCACGAUCUCAUCAACUACGUUUCUGAUGAAAAGGGAUGGGGACAAGUACGUUGCGAUUUCCAAGUUUCCUGCCUGUGGUAGGCACAUUUCAUACUUCAUGCUGUCCAAGCGGGUGGUCGAAGUGCUGCUGAUGCACCAUUUGUGUGGAAACCUCAUGCAGCCGCUGGAGGAGAUGUACCAACAACGGUACAGGGACCUUGAGCUGAACCGACCCCUCGGACCAUUCCAUUGGUUCCAAAGGGUCGUCAUGCGCAGGCGAGAAUCCCAGGAGAAGUGGCUCAGCUCUUUCUUCCCGGAUGUUAUGCUCCUCCUGGCGAUCGGAAUCUGCGCUUUCUGCUACGUGUGGCAGAUGUUGAGGAAAAAGGUGGAUUUCAAAGAGUUCCAGGAAAUCUCGGAUUUCGUCCUGGACUUGGAUGCCCCGAGUUGGCCGAUACUCCUUGCGGACACCAUCGCCUAUGUCUACACCAUAACGCUGGUGAUCGGCUUCUUACUGACGACUUUGGAGUCGAAUGUGGUGGCAAUUGCCUGCCGCCAGCGCGAGUAUUUUGUGACUCUGUUUUUGUUCAUGGUCCUUUGGGGCUCGAACUUCCUCAUGAUCCUCUUCGAUCGCACUCUUUACACGAGCGCCUGGGGAUCUCCCGCAUCAGCACCUGUCCGGACCAUCGCUGCUGCCUCCCAAGUCUUUAUUACCCACUCCUCCGUGAUGCUGGGAGCCGUGCUGGCAGGCCACUCUGCACAUUUGCGGAGGACGCCGGACAUGACCUGGAAUGUGUGUUUGACGAAGAUGGUGCCGAGUUGCGUCGUGCUGGUUGCGAUCGCUGCGUGGAGCGGGCUGGCAAAUGUCUACCACCAGCACCCCGAGUGCUACCCGACCGAGUACCAUUUAUUCUCGGAAAGCUGGGCGUAUUUCAUCAGAGUGCUGCCCGGCCUCGGAGGCUCGUGCCUGCUGAUGAUGAGCCAGCUGUCACACGAUAGAGGGGAGGAUGAAGAUGAUUCGGACAGCUUCGAAUUUAUGUCAGCGUUGGAUUAUGACUCCACACUGAUCGCUUUGACGGUGGCACUGGCUGUGAUCAUGAAUGCAAAUUCCGUUUUUGAGAUGGAAGCUUCUCGGAUCCCGGGCAGCACGGUGGUGGCGGUCACAGAGCUGCUGGCGCCGCUGGGCCUCUCCACCUUCACCUUCCACGCCUGGAAGUCCCCGCCCCGGAGCACCUCCUCCGCCAGGAGCGCGGGACUCUGGCUGGGCUUGGUGUGCCUCGGUGAAGUCAGCCACGUUUUGUCAAACAUUUGCCCACGCAGGCUGUAG